AUGCUGGGGGCCAGUUGUCAUACCCCUAGAAUAACACUGGUAAUACACAGGUAUGUGAAUGGCUGUCUUAGAAUAACACUGGUAAUACACAGGUUUGUGAAUGGCUGUCUUAGAAUAACACUGGUAAUACACAGGUUUGUGAAUGGCUGUGUUAGAAUAACACUGGUAAUACACAGGUAUGUGAAUGGCUGUCUUAGAAUAACACUGGUAAUACACAGGUUUGUGAAUGGCUGUCUUAGAAUAACACUGGUAAUACACAGGUUUGUGAAUGGCUGUGUUAGAAUAACACUGGUAAUACACAGGUUUGUGAAUGGCUGUGUUAGAAUAACACUGGUAAUACACAGGUUUGUGAAUGGCUGUGUUAGAAUAACACUGGUAAUACACAGGUAUGUGAAUGGCUGUGUUAGAAUAACACUGGUAAUACACAGGUUUGUGAAUGUCUGUGUUAGAAUAACACUGGUAAUACACAGGUAUGUGAAUGGCUGUGUUAGAAUAACACUGGUAAUACACAGGUAUGUGAAUGGCUGUCUUAGAAUAACACUGGUAAUACACAGGUUUGUGAAUGGCUGUCUUAGAAUAACACUGGUAAUACACAGGUAUGUGAAUGGCUGUCUUAGAAUAACACUGGUAAUACACAGUUAUGUGAAUAGAAAAACACUGGUAAUACACAGGUAUGUGAUUGGCUGUCUUAGAAUAACACUGGUAAUACACAGGUAUGUGAAUGUCUGUGUUAGAAUAACACUGGUAAUACACAGGUUUGUGAAUAGAAUAACACUGGUAAUACACAGGUAUGUGAAUGUCUGUGUUAGAAUAACACUGGUAAUACACAGGUAUGUGAAUGUCUGUGUUAGAAUAACACUGGUAAUACACAGGUAUGUGAAUGGCUGUCUUAGAAUAACACUAGUAAUACGCAGGUUUGUGAAUGUCUGUCUUAGAAUAACACUGGUAAUACACAGGUUUGUGAAUGUCUGUCUUAGAAUAACACUGGUAAUUCACAGGUUUGUUAAUGUCUGUGUUAGAAUAACACUGGUAAUACACAGGUAUGUGAAUGGCUGUCUUAGAAUAACACUGGUAAUACACAGGUAUGUGAAUGUCUGUGUUAGAAUAACACUGGUAAUACACAGGUUUGUUAAUGUCUGUGUUAGAAUAACACUGGUAAUACACAGGUAUGUGAAUGGCUGUCUUAGAAUAACACUGGUAAUACACAGGUAUGUGAAUGUCUGUGUUAGAAUAACACUGGUAAUUCACAGGUAUUAAUUUCCUAUCAAAAUUUCUCUAUCUGACAUGAAGUGUUGGUAAUUGACUUUGUAUUAAGAAAUUUCUCUAUCUGACAGAAGUUGAACAUCAUAGAUUUUCAGUACCUUCCAGGUUAACAAUACUAUCAAGGUUUAAAUUCAAUUUUUUUUAAUUUUUUUUUUUUUUUUUGAAAAGAUGUUCCAAUUAUAAUACCUCCUGCUGACCAAAUGACUUUGAAAUUAAAAGCAAUUUUGCAUAGUUACAUAACAAUAACUAUCUUAAUUUCUCUGUACCGAUUGUUCUGGGCUAGAAGUUAUAACUAUAUGUACAAACAUACAGGUAAUAUACCACUACUCUUCUUCUGCAGCUGUGAUAGCCAGCAUCAAUGUUUACAAAUUGCUAAUCAAGAAUUAAGAAUAAGAUAUUCAAAAUUGUGAUGGUCAUUUUCCAACUCUUGUGGCGUGCAGAUGUUGUCCUUUUUUGUCUCAAGCUAGUCCUGGUAGGUGGUUGUAGGCUAGGUAUUGAAGUUGUUCCAGAGUGUAUGAUAGUUGUGUAGUUCAUCAGAGUUAGAAUUAAGGGACCACUAACAAACACUGUUCCCCAUCACCUGGGAAUGAUGUACAUACUUAUCUGUUGACAUUAUAUGCUGGAUCUUGUUACAAUUUCAGAAAAUGUCAUUUGAAUUUUCUAGGAUGUUUUAAACCAUAUAACUUUUAUUUAUUCUUCCUUUUCUGUAUCUCUAUAAGUAGGGAACAGAUGUAAAUGUUGGUGUACUGUUUGAAGACUUUGAGGUGUUGCCACUAAUUAUUUGUGUCAUAUACACACCAUGAGUAUCACAUAUGUUCAUGUUUUUGUGUGCCAUUGAUAUGGGUUGUGUGCUGACUGUCACUAUUUAUCUAAUUAAUUUAACUGGUACUUAUGUUUAUCAUAACUCCAAACAAAAGAAUCUCUAGGACAGCAAAUUAAAUUUUGAACUCCAAAAUCAGUAGACUUACAUUUCUUUAACUGCUAAAAUUGAUUUUAAUCUGUGAUUUGUCAAUAUUUUUUUGUAAACUUGCGAACUGUAGUGCAUUAGAAUAAUUAGCCAAUACUUAUUAGGAAAUAGCAAACUUGAUUGUAUGUUCUUUGUCGUAGAUACACUUUACAUAUUGCAUGUGGUUUAUGGCUGUACAAUGGUAUGGUUUAGUAUGAGUAUCACACAAUGACUGAAGCAUUGAUUGUAAAUCCUGGCCUGGAUGCUGUACAACGGUAUGGUUUAGUGUGAGUAUCACACAAUAACUGAAGCAUUGAUUGUAAAUCCUGGCCUGGAUGCUGUACAACAGUAUGGUUUAGUGUGAGUAUCACACAAUGACUGAAGCAUUGAUUGUAAAUUCUGGCCUGGAUGCUGUACAACAGUAUGGUUUAGUGUGAGUAUCACACAAUAACUGAAGCAUUGAUUGUAAAUCCUGGCCUGGAUGCUGUACAACGGUAUGGUUUAGUGUGAGUAUCACACAAUAACUGAAGCAUUGAUUGUAAAUCCUGGCCUGGAUGCUGUACAACAGUAUGUUUUAGUGUGAGUAUCACACAAUAACUGAAGCAUUGAUUGUAAAUCCUGGCCUGGAUGCUGUACAACAGUAUGGUUUAGUGUGAGUAUCACACAAUAACUGAAGCAUUGAUUGUAAAUCCUGGCCUGGAUGCUGUACAACAGUAUGGUUUAGUGUGAGUAUCACACAAUAACUGAAGCAUUGAUUGUAAAUCCUGGCCUGGAUGCUGUACAACAGUAUGUUUUAGUGUGAGUAUCACACAAUAACUGAAGCAUUGAUUGUAAAUCCUGGCCUGGAUGCUGUUUAAAGGUACGGUUUACUGUUAGUGAUUUUGAAAUUUUAUCACAAACUUAAGUACAAUGCCAAUGCAGUAUCAUUUGGUAUAUAGAUGACUUUGGUGCUUAUAAUUAUGCAUGGAUUAUAUAGCUUUUUGUGUUAGGAAAGGUUAUCAAUUAAUUUUCCUGAAAGCUAUAUUUUUCUGGCAUUUCACAUGUUAAUAUACUCCCAACAUGAAUUAUUGGAGGCUGUUUCUGUAAGUGGAAUUAUGGACAAGUGUUUUGAGGACAGUUUCAUCCUUAGUUUUAAGGUUAUCAACAGACAAAUUACCAUAAUUGUGUGUUAAUGAAUACAAUCAUGAUUUCAUAUUAAUAUGGACACUUCACUUUAAUCUAUUGCACAAGAGAGUGUAACUAGUCCGAUACAUCAUUUGAAUAUGAUGAUAAUCUCCAUUGAAUAUUUUGCAGAUUUGAUAGUUGUUAACACAUGACCUAGUAUGUUUGUGGGUAUGUUAAGAAAUAAAUUACGGUGUUCCUGUAUGUUGUGAGGGUAGGUUCUGAGAUGGGGAUUUCCUUGUAUGUUGUGUCGGUAGGUUUGGAGAUUGGAGAUGCCCUUCUUGUUUUAUGGGAAGGUUUCGAAAUAGUAGUUAACUUGUAUUUUGUGAAAGUGUUUUGGAGAGGUAGGGCUGAAGAUUGGGGUUUGUGGGAUUUGAGGGGUUUAGGAUGAGUGGGAGGGGUGAUGAUGGGGUUACCCUGAAGGCUGUGUAAUUAGGUUUAGAAAUAGGAAUUACCUCAAAUUUUGUGAAGGUAAGUUUUGAGGAGGUUACAAUGGAUGUUGUGUUGUUAAUUAUGGAAGGGGAUAUUUAUGUUAUGUAGAUGGACAGGGAGCUGGGAGAAUACCUUGUACCAUAUGGAUUAGAAAUGGUUAACCCUGUCUUGUAUGAGAAGGUUUGAAAGGGAGUCAUCCAUGGUGUGUGGUCAUGUUUGGAAACAAGAAAUAACAGAGAUAAUCAAUAGAUGUAUUUGAGUUGUGUUGUUUUGAUGAGCUAGGAGAUGGGAAACGGCCCUAAACAUAAAUGAAUGUAUGUUAUGUAGGUGGUCUGGCAGACUGGACAUACACCUGUAUGUUGUGUAGGUGGUCUGGCAGACUGGAAUUAAACCUGUAUGCUGUGUAGGUGAUCUGGCAGACUGGACGUAAACCUGUAUGUUGUGUAGGUGGUCUGUCAGACUGGACAUACACCUGUAUGUUGUGUAGGUGGUCUGGCAGACUGGAAUUAAACCUGUAUGCUGUGUAGGUGAUCUGGCAGACUGGACGUAAACCUGUAUGUUGUGUAGGUGGUCUGUCAGACUGGACAUAAACCUGUAUGUUGUGUAGGUGAUCUAGCAGACUGGACGUAAACCUGUAGAUUGUGUAGGUGAUCUGGCAGACUGGACAUACACCUGUAUGUUGUGUAGGUGAUCUGGCAGACUGGACAUACACCUGUAUGUUGUGUAGGUGGUCUGGCAAACUGGACGUAAACCUGUAUGUUGUGUAGGUGAUCUGGCAGACUGGACGUAAACCUGUAUGCUGUGUAGGUGAGCUGGAAAGUAUCCCUGUUGUGUUGAGAUAUCCCUGUUGAAUUGCGGUAUCAGUGUUGAGUUGUGGUAGCCUUAUUGAGUUGUAGUAUCCCUGUUGAGUUGUGGUAGCCUUAUUGAGUUGCAGUAUCCCUGUUGAGUUGGUAGGUACAGAUAUUUUGUUGGGAGACUUGUGAUGCCCUGUGAAUUGAAAUAGUUUUGUAUUGAGUUAGGAUAGAAGAGACAACUUGGCAUACUGUUAAACGUAGAGGUGGUGAGCAAAGAAUCAAGAAUAAUUCUGUUAAAUAUUGUUACAAGUGGCUGAAAUUAUCAGCUCAUCAAAUACAUUGGAGGACUUUAGCUUAGUGUGUAGAUACAUGUAGUCAUUAGGAACAGAUUUUGUGUUAGUUUACACAUUCCAAUGCAAGUUAUCAAUUGUCAAUUUUCACAUAAAUUAUGAUACAACAAAAUAUUGAAUACUGAAUGUUAGAUUUGCAUGUGUUAACUAAGGUAUAAUGUAUACUAUGAGAAUUGUCUUUUUCAAUAUAUGUGUAUAAGUAAUU